AGGAUAUUUUUUUAGAGUUAGAGAAAGAAAAAAACGAACCUUUUUGUUUUGUUUUCAUUAUUGGGUUGUUGUUUCUCUCUCUUUUCACGAUGUCGGAGGAAAAAGAAGAACUUCCGUCGACUUCCAACAAGUCCACCGGAGCUCCGUCGCGACCGACCUUAUCUCUCCCUCCACGGCCCUUUAGUGAGAUGUUCUUCAGCGGCGGAGUUGGAUUCAGCCCUGGUCCGAUGACUCUGGUCUCGAACAUGUUCCCCGAUUCCGAUGAGUUUAGGUCUUUCUCUCAGCUCCUGUCCGGAGUCAUGCCUUCUCCUGCUGCAGCUGCAUCUUCAUCUUCCUUAGCAGCUAGUGAAGAAGGGGAUAAUAACAGCUCGAGCGGUGGUGAUGUUGACCCGAGAUUCAAGCAGAGCAGACCCACCGGGUUGAUGAUUUCUCAGUCCCCGUCGACGAUGUUCGCCGUAACGCCAGGGCUGAGUCCGGCGAUGCGGCUGGAUUCACCGAGCUUCUUGGGUCUUUUCUCUCCCCUUCAGGGAUCAUAUGGAAUGACACAUCAGCAAGCUCUAGCACAAGUCACAGCACAAGCAGUUCAAGCCAAUGCUAAUAUGCAACCACAAACCGAGUACCCUCCUUCCUCUCAGGCUUCAUCUGUUCAACCUCAGAACCAGACCACAGCUCCUGAUUCUUCAGCUCCAAGAGAAACUUCGGAUACAACCAUCAUCGAGCACAGGUCACAGCAGCCUCUGAAUGUUGACAAACCAGCUGAUGAUGGCUAUAACUGGAGAAAGUACGGACAAAAGCAAGUUAAAGGCAGCGAGUUCCCUCGAAGCUAUUACAAGUGCACGAAUCCUGGAUGUCCUGUUAAGAAGAAGGUUGAGAGAUCUCUCGAUGGACAAGUAACGGAGAUCAUCUACAAAGGUCAGCACAAUCAUGAACCUCCUCAGAACACUAGGCGAGGCAACAGAGAUAGUAACGCGAAUCUAAAUGGGAGUUCGGUUAAUAACAAAACUACGAGGGAACAACAUGAAGCAGCAGCAAGUCAAGCUACGACAGAGCAAAUGUCUGAGGCGAGUGACAGUGAAGAAGUUGGUAAUGGAGAAACUGGUGUGAGGAAGAAAGCUGAAGACGAGCCUGACGCCAAGAGAAGAAGUACAGAAGUUCGAGUUUCAGAACCAGCUGCUCCUCCUGCUAUUGCUGCUGCUUCACAUAGAACAGUGACAGAGCCUAGAAUCAUUGUCCAAACGACAAGUGAAGUUGAUCUAUUAGAUGAUGGAUACAGGUGGCGUAAAUAUGGACAGAAGGUUGUCAAAGGGAAUCCUUAUCCGAGGAGUUACUACAAGUGCACAACACAGGGAUGUGGAGUGAGGAAACAUGUGGAGAGAGCAGCAACAGAUCCAAAAGCUGUAGUAACAACAUAUGAAGGGAAACAUAACCAUGACCUUCCUGCAUCUAAAUCAAGCAGCCAUGCCGCUGCAGCUGCGGCACACUUAAGGCCAGAGAAUCGUUUGGCUAACUUAAAUCAUCAACAGCAGCAGCAGCCGGUUGCUCGUCUAAGGCUGAAAGAAGAGCAAAUCAUUUAAGAGAAGAAAAACUCUGUAUAACACGACAAAGCUUUCAACUUUGAUGGAAUCUUUUGGUUGAAGUUGAACAGAUAAAACUAUAUACACUUGUCAGAGAGAAAUCUAGCAGUUUACAGGAAAGGAAAGAGUUCAUCAGAAGGGGUUGUAAACCUUAAAGCUUUGUAGGUUUUUAAGAUGUCUGUUGACUUAUGUGAAUUCAUUUGUACAUGAGGAAGAAUACUACAGGGAGGGGAUUGUGUUGUAUCUCUGUGUUAUUGUUUCAGAGGAUAGGUUAUAACAUUAUGUGUAUGAAUUUAUCUGUUGUAAUAUUUUGUUUGUUUA